AUGCAAGUCCUCAAAAACACAUUUGUAGUAACUGGCGGCCUCGGAGGUGCUGGUAAAACCAUUGCGAAAAGCGUAAUAGACCAAGGUGGAUAUGUAGUGUUACUAGAUCUGCUCGAACAGAAGGCUGGAGAGGAAGCUGCGUCAGGUAUCAGCACCACUAAGGCAAUCUACGUCCAGACCAACAUCACAGACGAGAACAGCGUCAAGAAUGCGAUGCGCAUUGCAUCCAACGCUUUUGAGAAGAGGCUCUCAGGUCUCGUACACUGCGCUGGAGUGUCAAUGUCCCAGCCCUGGACCAACAGACUGGGCGACACGAUCGAUAGGGUGCGCAAGAUGACCGACAUAAAUUGGAUUGGCACAUAUAUUACCUCUGCAUUGUUUGCAGAUGCAGUCAACGAGCGAUACGAGCCGGAGAAGAUGAAGAAGGGCGAAUUGUGGACUACUAAGGAGGAAAGAGGCGUUAUCAUCAACUUCUCUUCCAUUGCAGGCGCUCAGCCCGCGUCGCGCAUCCUCGGAUAUAGCCCCGGCAAGGCGGCCGUGUCGGCAUUCUCAGUCGCUCUAGCAGACUUCCUCGGUCCUUCAGGCAUUCGUGUGAAUACAGUUAGCCCUAGUGUCAUCAACUCAGCUAUGAUGGGCGCAAGACUCCCAUACUUUAUCGCGGAUCUCUCAAAGUCUGCUUCUUUCCCGGCUAGGCCUAUUGAGCCUGAAGAGAUUUCAAGUGCAGUGUCCUUCCUGAUUAACAACUCGAUGAUGAAUGGCCAUGACCUCAAGAUUGACGGUGGAUGGCGCGUAUUCACGGAUAGAAGCGUCGAUAGGGAAGACCCGCGUGUACUUGCACCAUCCUUGGAGUAA